UCAAUUUAAUUUUGCAAAUAACAGAUCAGUGAAUUUGUUCAGUUUACUUUCGAUGGAAAUGUAUCACUGACAAGUGUUUUCAUUUCCAAUCAAGUUUUUCUUAAAAAGUUAUAAUAUUCGAUGAGUUUGUAGCAUAAGAUAAACUCUCAAUAUCCUAUGUCCUGACAAUUAAUUUCGUAACUGUAUAAUUAGACUUCUUCUUCACUCAAAAAUAGGAAAUAGAUUUUUUUAGAUUGCAGAAUGAAAACGCAGUUCCCAUUUCUUUUAAUCGUACAUAAUAUUAAGAUGUUAACUUGACAAAUCUACUAAGAAAUAAAAUUUGUAGAACCUUUUUUACGAUAAAACAUUCUCAAGCUGCAUUCUUAAAACAGGCACGAAUCGAGCAUGCGUCUCGUGCUUCAAUUACCCUCGGAAAAUUAAACCGUAAGAGAAUUACAGCUUUAUCGAUCUUUCCCGGAGCGAAAUUCGAAGCCGUUCGAGUCGAAAGCGUUGUGGCACGUAGCGUAUACGUUCCUGAGGCUUCCACCACUUGGUCUAACCGGCACUUGCCACUUCUACUGCCGUCGAACUCCACUCGGGACGAGAAGCCGGGAUCCGCGCGACUCAACUCGGCUCGGCACGGUUCAGUCAGUAUCUCACCGCGACGCGUUUUCCGCGCGCGUGACACGAGCACGCCGGACUCGGAAAAGCACGUUUUACGUUAUCCGUCACCUUCUGCCGAGUGAAGGGCUUCUCGUUACGCAAAUCCCGAUCGACCGAAGGUCGGCGGUGUCAGUCGUUCAGCUGGAACCGACGAGCGAAACCGUGCGCUCCGCUCUCUCGGUCGUGUCGUUUCUAAUCGAUAAUCCUAGUUAAUCGCAUGUCGAGAGUGUUAGAAGAGAAAGAGCAGAGAUGUUACCUGCCAGAAGGGCAGAUGUGUUCGCUUUCGUCAAAUCGCUGACACCGUGAGAAGCGAAAGGUGUCACCGGAAAGGGAUUUUUUUACGCAUUGCCGGUAGCUGCGUAUGAAUCGCAGGACGGGCCUACCAGGUGCGCCUACGUGAGCAGAACCGCGAUCAUCCGGUUACGCGUCUCGCCGUCAUGAUGGUGGUGUCACAUCGCGAGUCCAACAUUUCAUCGAAUAUACGGGCGAUAAUCGAGCAGCUGAACCUGAACCCGGUGGAAAGGCGACGGCUGAUCGACAAGACCAGACAAAGCAGCAACGCGCGAUGCAAGAGCUUCCCAGAAGGGAUAGUAGAAUCGCAAGCGCCGAAGAUCAGCAUCGGUGUUUACGGUUGUAAGGACCGGGACGCCGACUACGAGAUACCGAGCCCGAUCAGCAAGACCGCGAUCGCGGCGCGGAAGAUCGAGAUCGAACGGUCGAGAUCGAAGGCGGAGACGCGACAGAGAUUUUCCACGCAGAAGAAGGAAGUGCACAUCGCGUGCCAGGAGAGGAAAGAAGCGCCUGCUGUGCCGGUGAAGAGAGAAUCGCGGACGGAACACGCGAACGAGGGCAAGUUUGAGUGCCAGCCGAUAGUGUCGAUCGGAUGCUUCGCCAAGGAUACGUUCUUUAACAAGGAUGAGAGCCGAGCGAGAUCGACGGCGGCGGUGCCUGUACCGACGAAGAUUCCACCAAAAGGUCAAUCACGGAUGGCGAUGAAGGGGGAGCACGUUGCUCGAAUCGACGUCGGCACGAUCGAGGACAAGGUCGCGGACGCAUCGGCGGUGUCGAUCAGGCCAUUGUACAAGAUCGAGGAUCGUCUCAGACCGAGGCAGUCAGAUACGGCGACGAGUGUCAGGAUCCAUUUACCUGCGCGGGAACCAACGACGAUCGCGAGGGAACAGUCUCGCGCCGAGGAUGCGGUCGAGAUUACGAGAUCGACGAAAGACUCUAUUGAUCGAAUCGUUCCGGUGGCCAAGGAAGAUUUACCGCAGCUAGAAAGCGCGAGUUUGAACCACACAGCGGCGCAUCACCGGAUCUCCGUGCGUCCGAAGAACCGACGACCACCGCGUCGAACGACACCGACCACGACAUCAUCCAAUGGUGCCUCGCCCAGUUCCCCAUCGAUACCACCGACUAUCGCUGAGGACACUCUGGAUAGUCUGGAACUGCAGGAGCAACAGCCUCAAUCGACCAGCAGCGCACCGUCACCGACGGAACCGCCUAAAGCCAUUACCGUAACCAGGAAAUCAUCGAGCCGGCUGUCCCGCAACUCCGACAUCUUCGAAGAGUUAGAGUCGAGGCUGCCGCGUAAGCCGAGCGCGACGUCGUUGUCGCCAGAUAGUCUGGAUGCUACAACAGCGUCGCGAAGCAGCGCCGAGAUGACCAUUGCUACUGAGGAACAACAAGCGGAAGUCAGAUGGAUACCAGUCGUUAGGAAACCAUCUAACCGGAUAUCCAAGGGUUCCGAUGUGUUUGAGGAGCUGGAAGCGAAACUGCCGCGCAGGAGAUCUUCGUCGAAUAGGUUGUCCAAAUCGCCUGACAGCCUGGAUUCAUCCCCCGGCUGGUUUUCUAAAUCCACCGAGGAGGGCUUUGAUAAACUGGUAGAAUACGAGGAGACCGUGAAACCGGUGGCUUCGGUCAGGAGACAAUUGCUGAAUCCGAUCUCGAAGUCUACUGAUCGCGUUUCCAAGUCGUCGGAUAGUUUGGAAGCGAUCGAGCCGCUGGCCAGUGACGAUUCGAUGGACCGGCGACGAAGUAGCUUUGACUUCCGAGCGCACAGAAGUUCAAAGGCGAUGUCCAAGUCAUCGGAAAGCUUCGAUCUGCUGGAGCAGAGCGGCUGCGUUAGCGAAGAGAGCGGUCAAGAGUUGCAAAAGAGAAGCAGCAUAUCCGAUAUCAAUUUAUCGCGCGGAAGAAGACUGUCGAAGAGCAUUUCCAAGUCGUCUGAAAGUUUCGAGAGAAUCGAUAUGAAUGACAUGAAGGAUGAUGUCGAGGCAGAUAUGAUACUGGAUGAUGACACAUCGAAGAUGAGUGGUAGACGGUCAAACAAGAGAAUGUCCUCGGAAAGUUCGGAUAAUUUAGACGUAGAGGACAGGUUGGAGAACAGGAGGGUUAGAAGAACGCCUAAAAGAAUACCAAGUACCAGUAUAGUAGACGUAGCAGUUUCUGGAGAUGAUCAAGAGGGAGAGAAACGACCGACUCCUACCAGGAAGCCAUCGAGACUCCAGAAAUCCUCUGAAAGUUCCGAAUUAGGUAGUACGGACACUCUCGAUUCGGAGAGGAGAAAUAAGUCGUCAGAGAGUACCGAGACACUGGAUAGUCUGGAGAAAGAUUUGGAGCAGGACAGGAAAGAAGAAGAAAUCACGGACAGCGUGAUAGAUAGACGUGAAAAAAAUGAUUCUUGGUCCAGUAGAAACGUACCGGCGACUGAUUCCGAAACGUCGAUAGGAGACGAUACUGAAGACUCCAAGUCGCUCAUUUCCGCCGACAAUAAAUAUUAUUGGCGCCAGUCUUCUGAGCCGGCAUCUAAGGAAAACUUGGGUAUCCAACAGUUGUUGGCUAUCACAAUAAUGACCAGGGUGGCCGACAACGGAAAUAAUCAACGCGGCUCCGUUAUUUAUCCGAAGAAGAAGCCAAUGAGCACGUCGCAGCCGUCAUCGCCGGUGGCCAAGCAGGAAGACACGAAAAUGCUCUUCGACAAUCUGCUAGUGAGCAAUAAGAACGACGAGGACCUGCAAAACAUGCUCAACGGAAACAUAUCGGAAGUGUCCACUGACACCAAAAGCUUUAAGGAGAAAUUGAUCAUGUUUGAGAAACUUGGAAAAUGAACGCGCGGAAUCGUUCCUUCAUGAUUCUUUUUUUUUCGGUUAGCGGAUUCGUUUCGUUAGCGACCGAUGUUUAAUGCAGGAAGAAAAAGCACGAGAAACGUGAAAAAGAUAAACGAUCUCGUUUAGCGUUUGGUAAAUUCCGCAUGUCGUAGACUAGUAUUCUUGCUAUUGAAGCUAUUGGAAUCGCGAACAAAGUAAAAACAAAGGAAAUCAAAAAUUAUAUUUUAUUUUUCAUAAAGAACUUCGUUUGAUUAUCUACAGAGCUCGAAUCGAAAUAAUAAAAAAUCGACUUUCAACGAGUUAUUAUAUAAAUAUAAACAAAAGUAAAUCAGAAAAUAUUAUUUUAAAUAAGGAUUUGUAUCUAGAAAAGGUAAAAAUUUUUGAAAUAUUGAAAUGUAUUUAGAUUAUUUCUAAAUAACUUACUCGCAUAUUUAUAUAUUAAUUAAUCAAAAUAUAAUCACUACGGCGCGAUAUCUUUAACUUUAAAAAUUGAAAGAAACUUUCAGUUCACGUUGAUAAUAGCCGGCUGUGUUUCGUCGUCGAUGCAUUUAUUGGGAAAAACGGGCUUAUCCGACAGUAUUUUUCAAUUCUCGCGUUCGUGUUUUUUUUCUUACACGACUUACUGAAAACUCCGACACUUGAGAUUAUACCUGAUCACAUAUGAUGUUCAUCAUCGCAGAAACGCAUUUGCGAAUGCCCGUACAUUCUCUCGUAGAGAGCUUUAUUUCACUCGCAGAGAUAGUUGUACAGUAGUUUAGCAGAGAUGUGAUCCUUUCGGCGUGAAGCAUUUAUAAAUACCGUGUAUUAUCCCGUGUAAAUACGAAAAUAGAAAAGUUAGGCGUUAUCACUUUAAUGAUUUUGAAGAAAAAAAAUAUAUAUUAUAUAUGUAAAUGUGUUUGUCACACACACCAUAGUAUUAACAUUGAUAAAUGUAGAAGAGACACGAGAGAUAAGCUAUAUGACGGUCUAAGAAAUGUUACGUGUGCAAUUGUAUAUUUUCGAUGCCCUCAAAGAAAAACUCUGUUUAUUCUAUGUAAGAAAUCUCCCACACGAAUUAUUCAUAGGCCUACAUGUAGAAUGUGUAAUUCGAAUUACACUAAAACGGGCCUACAAUUCCUUAACGAAAUGUAUCACUAAGUGAUAUUAAUAUUUUGUCUCGAUUUAAUUAAAUACCUAUAGGAGAUAUUAAAAGGAGUAUAAAGAGGAAAAUUGUGAAAUUGUCGAUAGUCAGCGAUAGCAUGCGAUCACUCCGUUUUUCUUGCUGACCCAGGAGGCGUAAGAAAAGGCUGUUUAGAGCAUAUCGUCUUAUACUCGUCGAAUUUCGCCAGGGAAAAAUGAUUUUUUGUAGCCUUUCAAGUGCCUUACCGAAUUAAUCAAGAAACUGAAUCUAUAUACGUCGAUUAUAGGAGACGCGGAAAUGUUAUAUCAAUUUUCUCCCCAUUUUUAGUUAUUCAGAUGAUGAACGUACGUUUCGGAUCCCGAAAGAUGCAAAGAUCGUCUCUUAGAGUAAAAUAGAGAAAACUGGAUUUAACCAUCACGUCACUGUGUGUAAUAUUAUGUAAUAAUAUACAGAAUAUAACAAGAGAAAUUUGACACACAGACAUACAUACUCGCGCGCAUUUACACUGAACAGAUUUUCUUUCCAUUGAUGUAAAUAAAGCUGCCAUCACAAAUUA